AUGGCGACCGCAGCGUCUAACCACUACAGCCUGCUCACCUCCAGCGCCUCCAUCGUGCACACCGAGCCGCCGGGCGGCAUGCAGCAGGGCGCGGGGGGCUACCGCGAGGCGCAGAGCCUGGUGCAGGGCGACUACGGCGCGCUGCAGAGCAACGGGCACCCGCUCAGCCACGCUCACCAGUGGAUCACCGCGCUGUCCCACGGCGGCGGCGGCGGGGGCGGCGGCGGCGGCGGCGGCGGGGGCGGGGGCGGCGGCGGCGGCGGCGGCGGCGACGGCUCGCCCUGGUCCACCAGCCCCCUGGGCCAGCCGGACAUCAAGCCCUCGGUGGUGGUGCAGCAGGGCGGCCGCGGCGACGAGCUGCACGGCCCGGGCACCCUGCAGCAGCAGCAGCAGCCGCAGCAGCAGCCGCAGCAGCAGCAGCAGCCGCGGCCGCCGCAUCUGGUGCACCACGCCGCCAACCACCACCCGGGGCCCGGGGCAUGGCGGAGCGCGGCGGCUGCGGCGCACCUCCCGCCCUCCAUGGGGGCGUCCAACGGCGGUUUGCUCUACUCGCAGCCCAGCUUCACCGUGAACGGCAUGCUGGGCGCCGGCGGGCAGCCGGCGGGGCUGCACCACCACGGCCUGCGGGACGCGCACGACGAGCCGCACCACGCGGACCACCACCCGCACCCGCACUCGCACGCGCACCAGCAGCCGCCGCCCCCGCCGCCCCCGCAGGGCCCGCCCGGCCACCCGGGCGCGCACCACGACCCGCACUCGGAUGAGGACACGCCGACCUCGGAUGACCUGGAGCAGUUCGCCAAGCAGUUCAAGCAGCGGCGGAUCAAACUGGGAUUUACCCAAGCGGACGUGGGGCUGGCGCUGGGCACCCUCUACGGCAACGUGUUCUCGCAGACCACCAUCUGCAGGUUUGAGGCCCUGCAGCUGAGCUUCAAGAACAUGUGCAAGCUGAAGCCUUUGUUGAACAAGUGGUUGGAGGAGGCGGACUCGUCCUCGGGCAGCCCCACGAGCAUAGACAAGAUCGCAGCGCAGGGGCGCAAGAGGAAAAAGCGGACCUCCAUCGAGGUGAGCGUCAAGGGGGCUCUGGAGAGCCAUUUCCUCAAAUGCCCCAAGCCCUCGGCCCAGGAGAUCACCUCCCUCGCGGACAGCUUACAGCUGGAGAAGGAGGUGGUGAGAGUUUGGUUUUGUAACAGGAGACAGAAAGAGAAAAGGAUGACCCCUCCCGGAGGGACUCUGCCGGGCGCCGAGGAUGUGUACGGGGGGAGUAGGGACACGCCACCACACCAUGGGGUGCAGACACCCGUCCAGUGA